AUGACCGCUUACGUGCGCAUUGCCGCGCUGCUUGGGGAGCGGAGACCUAACAAGGCAGUAGCAGCGACAGGGUACUCGUGCUUAAAGGUACAAACGCGCAUCGAACGAAUUCCCGGCGCGAUUCGGGUUCAUUUUUUGGACGGCGUACACGAUAACUAUGCGAGGAAGUCGCAGCAUAACAGCUGUUCGCUGAUAAAUGACACUUUUGUGAUUACUCUGGAUCUGAGAACUUCUACGAAAUCACAACUUUACUCUUCAUUAGAAUCUAGCAACAAUCUUCGACAAAGAUCACAUCUGAUGCGACUAUUCACGUGCACAGCGUAUGAAGUCGCGACCGAGCCAACAGCAAACCCAGCGGCGGCCCCUCAUAUAUUAUUGCGUGUCGCGUCAGAGCUUCCAGGAAGUACGGAGACUACGGUAUUUUACGCUGGUGCAUGUGAUGAGCACGUGAACUGUAAGGCUGAUGCAAUCGAAUUGCGGAUUUCCAGUCGUCUAAUCGCAAUUUCCGUCAAAUUUACUUCUACGAGUUCAAACUGGGCCGGACUGCUGCUAAAACCGCUCGAAAUAUCAACGAAGUAUGAGGCGAGAGAAGUAUCAACGAAUGCACAGUACAACGUUGGUUCCAAAAGUUUCGUGCCGGCAACACCAGCCUCGAAGACGAACCACAUGGCAGCCGUUCACCAAUACUUGAUAACGACGUAUUGA